GUGGGAUCGCAUGUGUAGCAGAGCUGUACAAACAGAUCUUGUGCAGUCUCUGCGCAGCCCAGGACUUACUCAGCCGCUGCGAUUACUUCAGCCUGUCCGGGACCAGAAUUGACGUCAAGCCACGUAACUCCAGCCACAUAUGAAAUACACAUGCUGAUGGUUACCACACUAUCCCUUUAAACCGGGACAAUCAUUGAUUAAAACCAGCUGGAAUGCAGGACUGAAGUCAGCCAGCCACAGAACCUGUGUAAUUCAUGAGUGUCCCCCGGGGAUAGUAUGAGAAGCCAACACAUGCUACAUAGAUGCACUGGAAUUACUACAAAGUGCCAGAUAAUUUCAUAGUAAAAACUGCAGCCCUUCCCUGCUUCCAGUACAUUGAUGCCAUGCCAUUAGGAGUGUCCUGUUAUUAGGGGCUCCCCCAACCCACCAGCCACAAGUUAGGAUUUCCAUGCCUGGACACAAGAAGAGGACGUCCAAAGUUCAGCGGCUUUAAUUGAAGAAACAUCUUUGUCUAUUCAAGAGUGGUGUCCAGCCAAUACGUCGGCAAAUGUUAAAAAUGACUAGCAGGUCCAGGACUCCGCUCCCAGCACCCAGGCAGCUCCUGCAGAAGUUUGUGACCUUGACCCGCAUGCUGCUCUCCGGAGACCCGACUGAUGGACCAGGCUGUGCUGGAGGUGUCCGGAAAGAGGGCACAUCCUCUGGCUAUGAGCAGGGUGAGGUGCAGAUGUGCCACACUGUGUACCCCUGGCACUCCAACCACCGGGGCGAGCUGAGUGCUGGACAGCUCCUGACUUGGAUUGAUACUACAGCCUGUUUGGCAGCGGAGAGGCAUGCUGGCGUGGCCUGUGUUACAGCAUCCGUGGAUGACAUACAGAUUGAAGAAACUGCCAGAAUUGGACAACAAAUCUGCAUUAAAGCAAAAGUAAACCGAGCAUUCACCACAAGCAUGGAGGUUGGUAUUAAAGUUGCAGUAGAAGACCCACUUACAAAUCUUCAGAAACAUGUAUGUACAGCAUUUUCUACAUAUGUGGCCAAACCACCCGGAACAAAAAAGGUUAAUCUCAAACCAGUCCGGCUUCACUCAGUGCAAGAUCACUUGGAAUACAGUCUGGCAGCGGAAAGGAGGCGGAUACGACUUUAUCAUGAAGAUACCUACAACAAUCUGAUGGAGGAAGGCUGCGCUCUUUAUGACGCAGAUUGGGAAAAUGACCAGAGCAAGAUCUCCACAGACUGUACUCUUGUAGAGAGCAUAGAGUUGGUUCUUCCACCCCAUGCAAAUCAUCAAGGAAACACAUUUGGAGGCCAAAUCAUGGCGUGGAUGGAAACUGUGGCCAAUAUUUCUGCAAGCCGCCUGUGUCGUACACACGCAGUUCUGAAAUCCGUCGACAUGUUCAAGUUUAGGGGCCCUUCCACUGUAGGGGAUCGGCUGGUUUUUCGGGCGGUUGUAAAUAACACCUUUCAGAAAAGUGUGGAGGUGGGUGUCCGCGUGGAAGCGUAUAACUGCGGGGAGUGGUCAGAGUGUAAGUCACGACACAUUAACAGCGCCUUCCUGAUUUACCAAGCCCUGGAUGUCAGCAACGAGUACAUAGUGUUCCCCAGAGUCAAAGCCACCACAAAGGACAGCCUCAGAAGAUUUCAUGGAGCCAUCGCACGUAGAAAGAUACGUGUUGCAAGAAAGUACAUGCUCUUGAAUAAGCAAGAAAAGCCAAUCUCCCAUCCUUGGGACAAAAGCAACCAGACCUAUCUCGGUUACAAUAAUGUGGCCACCCUGACUGUCCUUGCUGCUAAUGAUGGAUGGGAGCUGAGUAGCACAAUGCAGAAUGUCAGGGUAUUUACUCAUGAAGAAAAUGAUAUUCUAUCAAUAAAGAUUGAAAUGCAGGUGAAGGUACAAGCCAGUCAGGCUUAUCUGCUGCUGUCUGACCUUGGACUGCGACCAAAUUGGGAUGUGCACUACUUGAGCUGUAAGGUUGUUGAGUCUGCUACUGAUGAUGACAAAAUAUACUGCAUAACUUGCCCACCUGUAAAGCAGAGCAAAUCCAGAGACUUUGUCAUGCUGAUGUCACGACGGUAUCCCUAUAAGAAUGGAGAUCCUUACAUUAUUGCGAUGACAUCGGUCACCUUGGCGUCAUGCCCUCCGUCAGUAGAGUACCUGAGGAGUGAGGUUCGGUGUGCAGGGUUCCUGAUUUACAGUCUGGGAAUAGAUGAGUGCCAGGUACUUUAUCUGAAUCAGCUGACAUCUGGUGUAAUGCCAUAUAUCGAAGAGAAUCUUACUGGCUGGUCUAAUUCUAUAAAAGAGACUGCGUCCUCGUGUAUAAAAUUCUUAGAGACUGCCCAGGUCUACACAACAUUAUUGUAGCGAAAUUUGUGUUUCGACUCCAACUUUUUUUUUUUUUCUUUCUACACCUUUCCCCAAUAUUGCACUAGUCGGUCUCUUUUCCCUGCACUUGCACCUACUCUCCUGGGCUGUUCCCCAAUCUUGCACUCGUCUGUCUCUCCUAUUUUCCCUGGACUUGCACCUACUCUCCUGCACCUUUCCACUGUUCCUGCACCUUAGCUAACUGGAAACACAGUUGUACAGAUCCAGGUGACAGCAUCAAGCAGCAAGUUCUAUAUAAAUGACUCUAAUAUCUGAUUAUGUAUUAUAUAUUGUAAUAUUUAUCUGCACUGUAAUUAGACCGCACGGAGCAUCAUAAAAUCUGAAUUGUAUAAAACAUAUUAAUUCACUAGUAAUUUUGAUAUUUAUUGAAUACAUUAAAACUAAUAUUUACUAUGUAGUGCACUCAUUUUAAAAAUAUUAAAAUGUAACAAAUGUCCUGUAUGCAGAGCGACCAAUUAGAAAUAUUUGUCAAACUUGAAGUAGACUAAAGAUUUGGUUGCUGUGGCUUACAGCAUAUUUGUCCUAUUUACCCAACGCUAUUUAUUAAUCCUUAUCAUGAUGUGCAUAUUCUGUACAGCCACUAUCACUCCUCCUACUGAUUUUCUAAGAUGUAAAAAUGGAAUUAAAAAUGUUCUUGAUAUAA